AUGGAGAAUCUUGCAGCGAAUAUAAAACAGAAGUUAACUGGUACUUCAUUCGACACACCUUCUGAAAAAUCAUCACCAACAGGUCCUAGUAUAUUAAAUGAUUUUCGUAAAAUUCAAAUGCCUACAGCUAAAAUGGGCUUAGGAUCAACGGAAGGUGAUUUAAUUUAUAUGGUAAAAAAAUAUCUCGAAAUUGUUGGGCUGGUUGUCUUUGUUUGGAUUCUCGGUUACUAUCACUUCAGUGUUUCAUGGAUAUUACUUAUUGUAUUUAUAUAUUUAUUUCGUCAACAUCAACGAACAAAAUCUAAAGAACGACAUAAAAUGCUCACUGAAAUAAAUAAGAAUGAAGAACAUUAUAUAAAAGCUCGUUUAGAAGAAUUACCAUCAUGGGUUUUCUUUCCUGAUGUUGAACGAGCUGAAUGGGUAAAUCGAAUAAUUAAACAAGCAUGGCCAUAUGCAAAUAAAUAUAUUGAUAAAGCAAUUUUUCGUGAUGUUAUGGUACCAAUGAUACGUGGAACACAUCCAGCAUUAGCUGAUUUUUCAUUUGAAAAACUUGAUCUCGGAGAAAUUCCACCAAGAAUUGGUGGUGUGAAAGUUUAUACUGAUAAUAUUCGAGAUCAAAUUAUGAUGGAUAUUGAAGUUUUUUAUGCUGGUGAUGCACAUAUCAAAUCUAAGGUGAAAGGAAUUGUAUGUGGUGUUAAAGACAUACAAUUUGUUGGUGAUCUAAGAGUUAUUCUAAGUCCAUUGAUUAAUACAAUCCCAUUAUUUGGUGCUGUUACGUAUUUUUUUCUUCGAAAACCAAGUAUUGAUUUUAAAUUAACCGAUGCUGGAACAUUAGUAGAUAUACCUGGACUUAAUGAUUUAAUGCUUGUUCAAAUAAAUGAUAUUGUUGCAUCAAUGAUGGUAUUACCUAAUCGACAAGUUUUCCCAUUAGUUGCUGAUUUACAAGUUGGAUAUUUACGUUAUUCGAAUCCACAAGGUGUUGUUCGAGUUAUUGUUCUUCAAGCACGUGAUCUUGUUAAAUCGGAUAUUACACUUUUGGGUAAAGGCAAAAGUGAUCCAUUUGUUAAAGUUAAAGCUCAAGGUAAUGAAUAUAAAACAAAAACAAUUAAUAAUACAUCCGAACCACAUUGGAAUGAAGUAUUUGAAUUUGUUAUUGAACAAAAUGAAACUGAUUCAGUAGAAUUUGAAGUCUAUGAUGAAGAUCCGGGUAAAGAUGAUUUUAUUGGAAGAGCUCAAUUUCCAAUCAAUACUUUACUUGAUAAAGAAGCUGUUACUACAUGGUUAACAUUAAAAGAUGUUAAAAAAGGUUCAAUCAAUGUUUGUCUUCAAUAUUUUACAUUAACAACAGAAAAAUCUACACUUGAUAUUAUUGAACAAACUAAUAAUCAAAUGGUUAAACAAGAAAAACUAUCUAAAGCUCUUCUUGUUGUUUUUAUUGAUCGAUGUACUAAUCUUCCUCGUUCAAAGAAAACUCGUCGAGAACCAAAUCCAUUUUGUACAAUUCAAGUUGAUACAAAUGAAGUUAAAACUCAUACAUUUGAAUCUCAAACAAAUCCAUUAUUCGAACAUAUCUCACAUAUAUUAUGCUCAAAUCCAAUUCAACAACAAUUAAAAAUUCAAGUACAUGAUGCACGUUCAAAUAAUGAAGUUAUUGCAUAUUUCGAAAUACCAGUCAAACAAAUAUUAAAUAUGGAUAAUAUGACAAUCGAUUCACAAGAAUUUCCAUUAAAAAGUUCAUCGGAACCUUUAGAUAGAGCAUCAAUUGUUCUUCGUUUAUCUCUUCAUGUUUUAUCACCUGUACGUUCAAGUUCUAGUCCAGUGCAAUUACCAUCACCAACAAAUAGCCUUCGAUCAUUUGAUAGUUUCACAAAACAAAAUUCUUUGACAGAAUCAUCAAACAAAUCAUCAUUGGAACACAAUUCAUCAAUAGAUCGUACACCUUCAGAUCAUCAACAUCAUCUUGACCCAAUAUCUGAACACUUUACACCAUCGCACGAUAAAACUCUUUUGGUUUCUGAUGAUCCUGAUCUUGAAUCAGCACCAUUUGGCCAAAUAAAACUUGGUAUUCGUUAUACAGUUAAUCGAAAAUCUUUAUCUGUAACUAUAUAUGCGUGCAAAAAUCUUAUUCAUGUUCAUAAUCAAAGUCUACCUGAUGCAUAUAUACGUGUUUAUCUGAUGCCAGAUUUUAAAAAAGAUAAAAAGAAAACAAAAUCUGUUCAUGAUUCAACUAGUCCAGUUUAUGAUGAUUUAUUUGAAUGGUCAGCGCCAUUAAAUGACAUUCAUCGACAACACCUUUUUAUAAGUGUGAAAAAUAAUUCACCUUUAUUUGGAAAUGAACAAACUUAUAUGGGAGAUAUUCAAGUUGAUUUAUCAAAUCUUGAUCCGGAAAAAAAUAGCAUUGCUUGGUAUGCUUUACAUGAACCAAAUACAAGUUCUGCUGGAUUAAUAAAAAUAAAAUAUGAUCCAAAUGACCAUAAUACUUCACAUUUUUAG